CUAGAAACCCCCCCCAACCCCCAAAGAAAACCACCUGCGUCAAGGCUGGUACCUGCAAAGGACGUAUGAAGAUGACUUUCACUUCACAUGAGGCUUAGAAACUGCUGAUAGUUGGCGAAACAUUUGGACAGAAACCUUACAGACCUUUUUACAACAUAUUUUCUUAUUUUUAAUAGCUGAUACCAAACUUUAGAAACUUUAGAUUUCAGCCAAUCAGAUCAUUCACUGGACUAACAGCUUUUGUUCAGAGCAUCAAAACAGUACACACAGAGUCAGAACAGCUGACUUUGCACUGUUAAGCUUUUUUUCUGACUAAGAGUGAAUACAGAGAGAAGCACCUACAUGUCCCAACAGUUAUUUGUCACAUCAAUAUCAGCUCUAACACCACAUGAUUUGGAAUGGACCAAGAUUUGACCCUCAUUCACAUGCAAUCACACACCUGGAACUGGGGUACCACUGUAGGCACUGUGAGCCACUGACUCCUGGGAGCCCCAACCCUCCCCAAUGAAGCAGUCCUGGUGGGCUCGCCUGGCACAGCUCAGCCUGCUUGCUGUGUGGACCUGUAUAUGGCUGGUCCAGGGAUGCGGACCGGGCCCUGGCUACGGCAUCCGCUCCAGGCCCAGGAAACUCACAGCCAUGCACUACAAGCAGUUUUUCCCCAACUUCUCAGAAAACAACCUUGGCGCCAGCGGGAGAGCAGAGGGCAAGAUCACACGUAACUCUGAGCGCUUCAAUGAGCUUGUAUGCAACUACAACCCAGACAUUGUCUUCAAGGAUGAGGAGAACACCAACGCAGACCGCUUUAUGACUAAGCGAUGUAAGGACAGUUUGAACAGGUUGGCUAUUGCAGUGAUGAACCAGUGGCCAGGGGUACACUUACGUGUGACAGAGGCCUGGGAUGAGGACGGUCACCACCCUUCAGGCUCUCUGCACUAUGAAGGCCGGGCCGUGGAUAUAACCACUGACGACAGAGAGACAGAGAAGUAUGGUCUUCUAGCCCAGCUGGCUGUGGAAGCUGGCUUUGACUGGGUCCACUAUGAGUCCAAAUAUCACAUCCACUGCUCAGUAAAAGCUGAUCACUCUGUUGCAGUGGAAAAAGGUGGCUGUUUCCCCGGCUGGGCCCGGGUGACCGUUGCUGGAGGGGUGCAGAAGACCCUAUCGUCACUGGCUCCUGGGGACCGAGUUAUGGCCCUGUCUGGGACAGGCCAAGUUGUGUUCAGCCAAGUCCUCUUGUUUCUGCACCAGGACGAUGAAAGCCUGUCUACUUUUCUGUCUCUGGAGACAGAGGAUGGCCAUAGAUUGGCCCUUACUCCACAUCACUUGGUCUUUUUAGCCCCCCAUUGCAGACUCGACAGCAGCGAGUAUCAGUUUGCCAGCAGAGCCAAAACAGGAGACUGUGUUCUCAUCCAUACAGCAGAGGGUCGAGUACGUCUGUCUCAAAUCGUCUCGGUUUCAGUAGAGGAGAGUGUGGGAGUGUAUGCGCCCUUGACGGAAGCUGGAACUGUGUUUGUUGAUGGUGUGUUGGCAUCCAGCUAUGCACUGGUGGAGGACCACAGCCUUGCACACUGGGCCUUUGGACCUGUGCGACUCCUCUUCUCAUUCAAACAGCUGCUUUGGGGGGAGACAACAAAAGAAGAGCAGACCACAGACAACCACACAUCAAAGAUAACUAAGUCUCCACAACAUUGUAGCACUUUGGCCACAAAGGACAAAGCAGGUGUAUGUGUGAAUAAUGGCAGUCUGAACAAACGAGACAAUCUGAGUGAACCUCUGAGGAUGGAAAUGAAAGAGAAGCACUCCUGGCGAAGGCAGACAUCAGAUGUGCACUGGUAUGCUAAACUACUGUACACUUUUGGAUGCAUCUUUUUAGACUCCAACUCAUUUCAUCCUUAAAAGCCUUACACUAUAGACGCCAUACAUGUCUCACUGUUCAAUGUCAUAACUUUGAUACAUUUAAACUAACACUUCCUGUUCUUUUCUCCAAUACAUCAGAAGCACUGGAAGGGCUUGCUUGCUUUUUUCACCAUUGUUUGCAUUAUAAUCUAUAGUAAUAAUAUACAUUCUAAUACUUUAUUGAUGUUAUAAAAGUUUGAGUUUGAUUAAACAUAUUGUUUGAGCAGGUUGAUGUAUGGUCAUGCCAAAAUGACUGUAUCAUAGUCUAUUUGUACAUCAUGUUAUUUCUUUUAAUUAUUUCAGUUAUAUAUGUAAUAUAUAUAUAUAUUCUUAAUGGGAUAGGACUGGAUUUUCCCACAACAGAAUCUUUAUUUUUGUACUUUCUGAAUCAUAAUAUAUACAUGUUUAAUUGUAUUAUAAUAAUUCCACUACAUGUAUUUCUUUACUUAUUGUCAUGUCAUAAAACAAAUUAAAAUGUCAUUUUAUUAAGCAA